AUGGACUUCCAGUCGCCCCAAAACGGCAUGUACGACCCCUCGAGCUUCAUCGACCCGAGCGCAAUCGCGAACCCACAGAUGAACGGCGCGCGAUCAUAUCCCAUGUCAUCAAUACCCCAGAAACGGGAUUCGACCGGCGCCGCGCUCUCCCUCUCGCGCUCACAGACCCCGUCGCAACAACCCCAAUUUGGCUUCCCGCAACAACAGAACUUCACCAAUACUCCGUCGCCGACCAUGCAGAGCCAGAACUUCCCCGCGCAAUUGGGCGCCCAGCGAAUGCAGACCGCGUCGCCAGCCCAAAACCCACAUGCGCCGCAGAUGUCCCCAAUGGGUUUCCAGAACUCUCCGAUGAAUCCCGCGUUUAACUCGAAUGCCAAUUCCCAGUUUCCUGUCCAAUCAGUACAGCUGUCCCAAAAUCUCCAGAGCCGACAGCAGGAAGCCCAAAGACAGUACGCAAUGCGCCUACAAGCUCAAGCGCAGCAGCAGCAAAUGGGGAACCUAGCCGCAAGCAACAUGGCAGCGCAGCAAAGACAUCAAGGUGGACAGAUGCCCGGCGGAAUGCCCGGUGGGAUGCCUGGCGGAAUGCCCGGUGGGAUGCCUGGCGGGAUGCCUGCUGGGAUGCAACAACCAGCGAUGCAGCCGGGUAUGCAGCCCGGGAUGAUGCAGGCGCAGCAACAGCAGCAGCAGCAGCAGCAACAACAGCAACAGCAACAGCAGCAGCAACAGCAACAACAACAACAGCAUCAACAGCAGCAUCAACAGCAGCAGCAGCAACAACAACAACAACAACAGCAGCAGCAGCAGCAGCAGCAACAACAACAACAGCAACAGCAGAAUCCCCAAUACCAAUACCAACAGUUCCUCAAGAAUGUUGGCGCGCUCAUGGCUCAACAACGCAGGCCAUUCAACUCUCAACCCACAGUUGCCGGACGACCCAUAAAUCUGCAGCAACUCUACACCAUAGUCAUACGCUACAAGGGCCAUAGACUUGUCACACAAUCACAAGGAUGGCCAAAGAUUGCUCAAUUGAUGAACAUCCACCCCCAGCAGUUUCCAAGUGCGUCCCAAGAACUCCAACAGAUCUACGAACAGAAUCUGGCUUUAUAUGAAAGUGCCUUUUUCCAAAGACAGAACGCUCUUAAGACGGGUGGACAACCGGGACAACAGAUGGGCGGUAUGGGCUCACAAAUGUCGCCAACGAGGCCUCCUAUGCCUGGCGGCCAGAACAAUGUUUCUGCUCAGCAAGAGUAUCUGCAGCAAUUACAGAGAUCUCAAGAAGCUAUGAAACAGCAACAGCAGCAGCAGCAGCAGCAGCAGCGGCAGUCCGCGACUCCCAUGCAGCAAACGCCGCAACCCCAACAAUUCGAUCCCCCCUCACAACCGCAACAGUCGACCCCUCUCCAGAGCAACGCGUCUCUUCCGAGCAUGAACGGCCAUAGCACACCACAACCAGAAGGCAGCGCACGGAAAAGCUUGACCCGACAAUUGGAGGGCACACCAACGCAAGGACGAGAGCCCAGCCAGGCGCUAGCAUCGCCAUCGAAGCCUGGGGAACCGGCAGUUCAACCGGAGACAGCCUUGGUCAAGGUUGAAGACGUCGACAAGCCAAAACCAGUAAUCGAAAGGGACGAUGGGAUUCGCGUUUACCAGCCACAAUAUCGACUGCAGGACAAAUGGGGUGGGCUCGACUUCGAGUCACGCAACUUUGUGAACAUGAUUGAAGCUAUCGUAACUUAUAAACCAAACGCACCAUUGUUGUCCGAGCUUGGUGCGAUUGAUAUACGGGCGCUCACGAUGAGUCUCCGGUCAGGGCUCCACGCAGAAACCCGACUUGCGCUAGACACGCUCACGCGGAUAACAUACGACAACACAAUACAGUUCGAUCUGGCCCAAUGCGAAGACCUCACGGACGUGCUGGUGGACUUUGCAGAGGAGCAGCUAGAGAUUCUGGGCAACGACAAUCCUGAAGUUACCGAUAUUUUGGACCUGACUCCAUACGAGGAUGUAUUGCACCACUGCCGCGCGGAGGCUGCCACACUGCAAGACCUUCCAGAAGCUGGUUCGAAAGCCCACAUUCUGGACCGAACUGCUGAUCGGUUAUUGGCAAUAACCACUAUCUUUCGAAACCUAUCAUUCCUGGAGGUGAAUCACGCCUCUUUGGUCAGCUUCCCGGUACUCAAAUUCAUUUCCAACUUCAUUCGGCUCGUCGGCACCCGCGUACUCCUACUGCGGUCACACAUCAACACCUUCGACUUUAUGAAAGAUGUCAUCACCUUCUUUUCCAACACCGGUGCUAAGAUCGUGUUACCUUCACGCGAGGACGCUUAUGCCGUACUCCACUUCCUCUGUGCCUUUGCCCCUUGUCCUCGUCCGAGCGAGCCAGUCAAGUUCACACCCUUUAAUCCUCAGAUACAUCGCUACCUCCCUUCCGCUGUCGACAGCCUGGCUAAGCUCCUGGCGCGCGAUGACCCAAAUCGAACAUAUUACAAGCAGAUUUUCAUCAAUGAAGCGACUUCCACGCCUUCUUACGAUCUUCUGACCCGCGCGUUCGGCCUAGCCAUCUCCGUCGCGCCAGAUCGAAAUUACAUCGAGAACAGGAUGUACCAGAUGCAGGGACAGCCCGUCAAGGAAGUGCGCAUGUUCGAAGCGCGCAUCGCAGAGUCACGGAAAGCCUACUUGAUGCAAGGCAUGCUCGCGGCAGACAUACUUGCCAGCCUGGCUCCUGGAGCAGAAAGCGGACUGUGUCGCUCAUGGCUUGAAUCAGAAGAUGGUUGGGCAGGCAGUCUGCUCAAAUUCGCCAUGUCUCUCUCCGCCACUGAUGCUGCCAUGCCCCACCAGCCUCCUCCGCCACAGAACAUCCGUGGUCAGCGGCCCAUGGAACACGAUCGCGAAGGCUUCCACCUCAUUGUUCAUCGCGCUCUCUCCACACUUCAGAAACUGGGAGACAAAUCAAAAGGCGGCGAGGCGCUGGUCAAGGGUGUACAAACAAACGGUCAUGCGUCCGACAUGAUGGACGAGGAUGAUGAUGACGACGACAUGGACGUUUUCAGCUUCAACGGCACAUCGUGGAAAGUCAAAGCCGACAUUCUCCCGCGCAAGGAGACGUUGCGUAGGCGCCCUUUUGACGGCACAGCUAGAUGUGCGGAGCUUGAAUCAAUUUUGCAAGAUUGGAUAUCUCGAUGA